UAAUAAUAUCAAGAUAAAAUUUACGUAACCGUUAAGUAAUUAACUCUAAUUAACCUCAGGAGGAUAGCCUUUGCUAUACCGUUUAAUGGGAGUAGAGGUAAAAGAGGAUCAAAGCAUCACGAAUUCAACCUGGGAAUAGAGGAAAGAGAGCAUGAAGUACCAAAAAAUACUGUUGUCUCUAGUACUGGCUGUGUUGGUACAUACAGAUGUUGCCUACAGAAUACUCUGUAUCUAUCCAUACCAAGGGAAGAGCCACUUUCAAAUGUUCGGGACCCUGUCCAGGGCCCUUGCAAAAAGGGGGCACAAAGUUGACGUGAUCAGCCAUUUUCCAACAGAGAAACCGCUAGCUAAUUACACAGACAUCAUUAACUUAAGUGGCAAGGGAAUUUACUCUGCCAUAAGUGUCGAGGAGUGGCGAAAGAUGCAGCUACAGGUGACAUAUUUCAUAGCCACAAUGUUCGGUAAUUCUAUAUGUGAUCUAUUGUUCCGAGAAGAAAUGCAGAAUUUUAUCAAAAACCCACCUAACGACCCACCGUACGAUCUCGUAAUUGCUCAGUACUUCGGCUCGCCGUGUUACUUAGGAUUCGGCAAUCUACUGAAUGUACCAGUGGUCAUCGUUACAUCGUUCCUAGAAUUUCCAUUUAUCAACACCUUUAUGGGGAAUACUCAAAACGACGCUUUCUUUUCGGGUUUCUUCAACGAAAAUCCCUCGAUAGAAACGUUCUUCGAUCGUUUGUGGAAUGCCUACACGAAUUACCACGCAGUAAUAGUCUUUCAACAUUACUCGGCGGUUCAAACCGAUAUAAUGAGGAAGGCCAUGGCUUUGCCUCAUAUGCCCGAUGUCAGAGCGCUGGAGAGGCAAGUGGCAUUGGCCCUGGUGAACACGCACUACAGCUAUUACGGUGUCAAACCCAUUACACCGGCUAUGAUCGAAGUCGGAGGGCUGCACGUGGUUGAAGAAGCGCCGAAAUUGAGUCCGGAAAUCAAGAAGUGGUUGGACUCAGCGGAUCACGGAUUAGUAUACUUCUCGUUAGGCACGAUAUUGAACAUCGAAAAGUUCCCUGAAGAGACGGUGCUGAAAUUGUAUAGGUCGUUAGCGAAAAUUUCGCCGAUAAAGGUCCUGAUGAAGAGCACCAACGCGUCGGAUUUACCAGCUGGUCUACCUAGCAACGUGCUCACAGCGUCUUGGGUUUCGCAGUUUUCUGUGCUGAAACAUAAGAAUACUAGAGUAUUCGUGACUCACGGUGGCCUCAUGGGAACCCAGGAAGCUAUCUACUGUGGGGUUCCUAUGAUAGGGAUACCUGUGUUCGCGGAUCAAGUGAAGAACAUCAAGACCUUGGAGCACAAGAAUGUUGCGGUUCUGCUAGAUAGCCUGAACAUCACUGAACAGGGCAUGGACUCCGCGUUGAAUAAGCUCUUGCACGACCCCAAGUACAGGGAAUCCGCGAAGAGAAUGUCAAGGUUGUUCAGAGAUCGACCAAUGAGUGCCGUGGAUACAGCGAUCUAUUGGAUCGAAUACGUGGUCAGAAACGGACCGGACAGCUUGAGAUCAUCGGCGACGGAGUUGCCUUGGUGGAAAAUAACCCUAAUCGACGUAUUCGCCUUCUUGGCCGUGUGUUUCGCCCUAUUAAUUUAUUCGUUAUGGCUCCUUCUGAAACUUCUGUCAAGGAAUCUUUAUCGCAGAAGCCUUGUCCCGUUAGAAAAGAAAUUAAAAUGAGACCAAUGGGUAAUUCAUUAAAGAAAA